UGCGAUAGUGGCAAGUGUAAAACCGCAUGUGAAAAAUAUAAACAAUGGAUACAAAAACGACGAGAUCAAUGGAACAAAUUGUCAGAAAAAUAUGAAGGAUAUGAUGAAAACGAAACAUAUGGAUUUAGUCCUUCCAUGUAUUUAAUAUUAAAUAAUGGUGAUGUAUGUUCUGGAAGUGUUUUUAGUAAAAUAUUUAAUGGUAAAGAACAUGGAGAUCAAGAACCGUUAUGUUCAUGUAAAGACACCAAAGUACCUGACACAGAUAAAUCUUCCGAUACCGAUAAUCCUGCUCCGAAUAAUAUGAAAGAUGUAUAUUGCGAAAAUAAUAAGUCGUUCCCCUUUUUAUGUAAACAAAAAAAUUUUGACAAUACUAGUUGGACUAGCGCCAAAAUCAAAGAUAGAGGUAAUAGAAAUUAUGGUGUUUAUGCUUCUCCACGACGUCAAAAAUUAUGUCUAGAAAAUAUCUGGCACUAUUCAGUAGAUAAAACAUCGUUAGAAAAUCAAUUACUUCAAGUUGCCAGAAGUGAAGGAAAAUGGUUGAAACAAUAUUAUUUCGAAAAGGCCAAGAGUGGAACUUCAACUCCUGAAGAAUUAUGUAAAGCUUUAGAACGAACAUAUGCCGAUUAUCGAGAUCUUAUUUUAGGAAAAGAUAUGUGGAAUGGCCCACCUGAAAGAGAAUUAGAAAAGAAACUACAAAAAAUAUUUAAAAAUGGACAAUAUUUAAGAGAACUAUGGUGGGAUGAUCAUAAGGAUGAUGUCUGGAAAGCCCUGACGUGUAACAUAACAUGUCAAUCUAACACUGCCCCUAGUGAUAGUACUCCGCAAUUUUUACGUUGGUAUGAAGAAUGGUACGAAGAGUUUUGCGAAAAACGACAACAAUUUCUGCAAGAUAUCAUUGAUAAAUGUAGUACAAAAAAAGCAGACGACAAAUGUGAUAAUAAUAACGACUGUCAACAAGCAUGUAAUAAAUAUGGAGAUUGGAUCAAACCCAAAGGAAAUGAAUGGCGCCAACAAAAAACAAAAUAUGAAAAAGUUUAUGAAAAUGCAAAGGAAUAUUAUGAUGAAGAAUUCCUAACUACAACAAAAGAUCAUACAACAGCGAUUAAAUAUUUAGAAAACAAAUGCAAAAAUUCAUCUGAUUGGAAAUGUGACAAGACGAAAGUUGAAAAUAUGGACCAAAUUGUUCAAAAAAUCGAUAAAGAGUACAAAGAAAGGUACGAACCCUUAUGUACACGUUGUCGAAUGAAAGAUAUAAAGGAAAUAAUAGAUAAGGUUACAAAUAUGAAAAAUGGUAACCAAAAAAAAAAGCAACAAUCCAAUUUAACUGUAGAUGAUGUAUGUAAAAAUAAAGGAAAUAUAGUAAAUUGUGACCAUGUGAAGAGUGAUGGUUUAAUAAAAGUUCCUAUUGAUCCUGAUGAUAAAGAUUCCAAAAACAAUAGAGAAAACAAUGGUAUUAAUUGUGGAGGUAUACCUAGUAACGAAGCCGAUUAUAUAUGGAAACAUAAAGAUGGAAACACUUAUAAUUGGGUUACAAAAUUAAAUGAAAAUAUACAAAUACCUCCAAGACGACAAAAAUUAUGUUAUAACGAUCUAGAGAAAUCAAAUGAUGUUGAUGAUCUAAAAAAACGACUACUAACAGCUGCGGCUAAUGAAGGAUAUAAUGUAGGUAUAAAAUAUCCAAAUUAUAAAAACCAUUAUGGAAUAAAACCUUGUAGAGCGUUACAAUAUAGUUUUAAUGAUUAUAAACAUUUAAUUGAGGGUGUUGAACUAUUAGAAACUGAAAAUAAAGGAACGGAUUUAAAAAUAAAACAGUUAGUUACAGCGUCAAGUAGUGGAUCAUCUAAUAGUGGUAGCACAGACGAACAAAAACGUAAAGAUUGGUGGAAUGAAAACAAAAAUUGUGUUUGGGAUGUUAUGGUGUGUGGUUACAACAAAGGAAAAGAUGAAGCAAACAAAAAAAAUAAUAAUGGAAAUAAUGUCCCCGAAUUAAAUACACCACAAGGAGGAGGUACUAACGGUGAAUGUAAAAUACCAUAUGAUAAAGAUAACAGCGACCAGUUUUUAUCUUGGCUUGAAGAAUGGUACGACGAUUACUGCAAUAUACGAACGAAGUUAAAAUCUGAAGUGGAAAGCAGUUGUAAAAUUGAAGAAGGAACCUUUGAUUGCAAAAAAUGUGAUGAAAAAUGCGACAAAUAUAAAGAUUAUAUGGAAAAGAAAGAAAAAGAAUGGAAAACGCAAGAAAAAUAUUAUAGUGACAAAAAAAAUGGAGGAAACACUGGCGGGAAGACUAAUGGAUAUAAUAGUGAUAGUGCCAAGGAGUACUUGAAAAGUAAAUUUCCUGCUAACUGUGAUAACGCCAGUAGUACUCCACCAAGUGUUAAUGGUUUAGAAGUAGAAAACAAUAUAAAUUUUUUUGAUAAAAAACCAAAUUAUGAUGUAGACCCACAUUGUAGUUGCAAGAAAUAUAAUGAUAAAGAAAUAUAUAAAGACAUUGUAGGUAAAGGUAAUUGUGAAGGAUUAAAAAAAACAGCGGAAGAGACAAGUUCAGGCAAGGGGAUUAAGUGGAUAAACAGUGAGAUGCCAAACAAGGAAUAUUUGACGCAACGUGGAUUGACUAAACUUGUACAUGUACCUCCCAGGAGACAAAAACUAUGUUUCCAAGGACUUGAUAAACUUGACGUUGAUAGUGAUGAAAAUAAAUUGAGACACCAUUUUAUGAAAUUAUAUAUAGGCGAAGGAAAAAAUUUAGGGGAAUACUAUAAAGAAAAAAAUGACAAUAAGACGGAUUCAGCGAAGUAUGCGUAUGAUGUUGAACCUUGUAGUGCUUUAAAAUACAGUUUUCUUGAUUUAAGAGAUAUAAUUCUAGGUCAUGAUAUGGUAGAACCAAGUACAGAGGACACAGAAAAAAAAUUGAAAGGAAUUUUUGAAAAUCUAAAAUCUUCACAUGCAAACACAAGUGGACCAAAAAACACGAAUGAGUUAAGAAAAAAAUUUUGGGAAGAUAACAAGGAAUGUUUUUGGAAAGCAAUGAAAUGCGGCUAUAAACGUGGUAAUCAUACAGACAUACAGAAUUGUGAUCAAAUAUCUAGUGGCGAACCUAUUGGAACAGAUCGCAGCGAUGGAACGCAUCUCCAGUUUCUAAGAUGGUUCACGGAAUGGGGGGAAAAUUUUUGCAAAAAACAGGCGAAGGAGUAUAAGAAAUUGCAAGAAACGUGUGAGGGAUAUGAUUGUAAAAAUGGUGAUCAGGGUAAGAAACAUCAAUGUCAGCAAGCGUGUGAAAAAUAUCAAAAUUUUAUUAAUCAAUGGAAAUCGCAAUAUUUAAAACAAAGCGAAAAAUAUUUUAACGUUAAAGGAAUUAUUCCAAAUAAAAAUAUGGAAACAAAAGCAUAUGAAUAUUUACAUUCACAAUUAAAAGAUCGUUGUAAAAAUGGUGAAUGUAAAUGUAUGAAAGACGAAUCGGAAAAAACUUCCUCAAACGGUAUACACGGUGGUAGUGGUGGUAUCGUAAUUGAAAAACAUGAUACACACAUGCCCGCAUCAUUAGAUGAAGUACCGGAGGACGUGAAAGAGCAAUGUAUGUGUGCAUCUCCAACGCAUCCAUUCAAUCCACCUGCUCCUGGAGGAGGUACUACUAAUGAUGCUUCUGCUGGUAACAACCCUGGUGGAAAAUCACCAUCACAAUCAAUACCCCCUUCAUCUAAAAAACAGGAAGAUAAGGAUAGUCCUCGACCAGGACGACAAAAUCAAGAAAACACAAUUAAUACAAAAGAACUAAAACCCGACUCUUCAUUAAAUUGUGCAGAGCAAGCUGCAUUUAAAUUAAAAAUAGAAGCCACAAAAGAUAUAGAGCAUAUUGAAAGUAAAUUGAAAGGAAAUGGAAAUGGUAUAUCAUUGACUGAUUGUAUGAAACUAGAUAAAAUUACUACUUCUGAUAGUACUGAUUAUUGUAAUUAUGAUAAGAGCUAUUCAGAUGCAGUUAAGAAAUUGAAUGCUUCAUGUAAAAAUGAAGGAAAAAAACGAUUUAAAUUAGGAACCGAAUGGGAAUGUAAUAACACAAGAUAUGGAAAUAAACAUGUAUGCGUUCCACCUAGGAGAAAAGGUAUGUGUAUGGAAGAUUUCAAAAAAAUAAAUCAAUAUGAUGUUGAUGUUAAUAAAACGUUUUUGAAAUCCGUUCAAAAUAUAGCAAAACAUGAAGGAAACCAUAUAGUAAAGGAAUUACUUAAAAAAUAUCCAUGUAACGAACGAGUAAUUUGUGAUGCUAUGAAAUAUAGUUUUGCCGAUUUGGCUGAUAUAAUAAGGGGAAGAGAUAUUUUAAAAAAUAGAGAUCAACAAAGAAUAGAAGCAAAAUUAAAAACGAUUUUCAGUAAUAUCUAUAACCAAUUGGAUGAGAAAGAAAAAAAGAAAUAUCCAUAUGAUAUAGAUCAUCAUAAAUUAAGAUCGGACUGGUGGGAUGCAAAUAGAAAAGAUGUAUGGAAAGCAAUGACAUGUAAUGCACCAAAAGAAGCUUAUGUUUACAAAACAACUACAGGUGAUGGUAAAAUACGUACAAGUGUGAUGCAACAUUAUUGUGCACAUAAUGAAGAUCCACCAUAUGAUUAUGAUUAUAUCCCUCAAGUAUUACGAUGGAUGACUGAAUGGUCAGAAAAUUUAUGUAAAGCUUUAAAUGAGAAAAAAGAUGCCAUGAAAAACGUUUGUGAUAAAUGUAAUUUACAGGGAUCAAAAUGUAGUGAUACCUCAGAUGGUGACAAAUGUAGGAAAUGUAAAGAAAAAUGUAAAGAAUAUACUAAAUUUAUACAUGAUAUGAAAUCACAAUUUUCUAUACAAGAAAAUAAAUAUAAGGAAUUAUAUACAAAAACAGAAAAUAAUAACAUACCUUUUACAACAGAUAAUGAUAAACAUGCUAUUGAAUUUUUAAAAAAAAUGAAUAAAAUUAAUGAUUGUGAUGUUAAAAGUCCUGAGAAAUAUAUGGAUAAAUCAAGUCAUUGUGUCCAUUAUAAAUUUAAUGAAAAAGAAAAUAACAAAGAAGCAUACGCAUUCAAAUUUAACCCUAAAGAAUAUGAAAAACAAUGUAGUUGUAAAAUUACAAACCAUCCAUUAGAUAAAUGUCCUUUCAAAAAUACAAAUAACAAAGUAUGUAAUACGUUCCAACCUAAUAAUAGGUGCAAUAAACAAAAUUUUAAUUAUGAUCUUGGUAAUUGGAGUAGUCGUAAUGUUCAAGAUUUUAAUGGAAAAAAUGCAGGUAUAUUAAUCCCUCCUAGAAGAAGACAUUUAUGCGUUAGUAACAUAAACACAAAUUUGACUAAAAUAAAAAAUAUAGAUGAUUUCAAAAAUAAAAUUAUUGAAUCCGCUUUCAGUGAAGGAUAUUUUUUAUGCAAUAAAUUUAAAUUGAAGGAUGAACAUACUCUCCAAGCAAUGAAAUAUAGUUUUUAUGAUUACGGUGAUAUAAUUAAAGGCACGGAUAUGAUGGAUAAUUCUCUUUUAGAUCAAUUGAGGAACACGUUAGAUGACGUACUUAACAAAAAUGGAUCUAAAGGUCAACCUGAUGAUCGCACAAAAUGGUGGGAAGAAACUAAAACAAAAGUUUGGAACGCGAUGUUAUGCGGAUAUAGAAAAAGUAAAAACGCUACUUCAAAUGAAACCUUGGACAAUACAUGGUGUGAUGUUCCUACUGAGGAUGAAACUCCUCAGUUUCUUCGAUGGUUAGAAGAAUGGGCAAAAUUGUUUUGCAAUGAAAAAGUAAACGAAGCCAAAAAGGUUGUAGACGAAUGUUUAGAAAAAAAUAAAAUUGCAAAUGCUAAAACAAUAAGUAAUAUAACAGAAAGCACAUGUAAAGAUACACUUCAAAAAUAUAAAGAAUGGUAUUUUGAUAGAAAUAAACAAUGGGAAGGAUUAAAAAAAGCAUAUAAAUCUCGUUAUACAAAUAGUACUAAUCCAUCAUCCGGAAGCUCAGAACUACCAACAAAUGCCGAAAAAUAUGUGCAAAGAAAAUGUCAAAAAUGUGAUUGUAAAUAUAAAGAUUUACAAGAAGUAUACGAAAGAACAGGUGAUGCUGAGAAAUUAUAUAAAGUAUUGAUACAUAAAGCUCAAAUUGACAGUUUUGAUACUACAAAAAGACUAUUUUAUAAGAUUUUUACGAUUUAUGGAUUAGGUCCAGAUAUUGCAAAAUCAGCUUUUGAUAGUGCUAAAAAUAUAAUUUCUGAAAGCGCGAAAAUUGGAAUACCAGCUGGAAUAGUUGUUGCAAAAAAUUUGCAUGAUAAAAUAAAGGAUGUCAUUAGUUCAUUUAAUAGUAGCAAAUCCAAUCAAGACCCCGCAGUACCUCCUCCACAAGUACCACCCGUAACACCAUCACCCACACCACAGGACGAACCAGACAUACCUAUUAAUGACAUAUUAUCAUCCACUCUACCUCUUGGAAUAAGUUUUUCAUUAGGUUCCAUAGCUUUAUUAUUUUACAUGAAG